CGCCUCGGGCCGCUCACCGCUCCUGCGCAAACAUCCAGCUCGGCUCCAAGUAAGCCUGAGCGAAGGACACUACUCCCAGGAUGCCAUACGCGUCGCUACACCUCUUGGGACUUUAUACUGAGUGCGCGUUGAACUAUGGGAUAUAAGGAUCCCACCUACCCACCCACCCUCGGGGGCCUCACUACGCCUGAGCCAACCGGAAGCGCAGGCCCAUCGCGCAAGCCGAAGGUGGGGGCUGUGCUGGGAUUUGGAGUCUCCUUCCUUUUCAUCAUUCGGCGAAUGACCCAGAAGCCUCUGCUGGCUGUCGGGUCAUGCGGGGCGCCAGCGCGGAGCGAGAGGGAGGCGGGAACUCCGAGAAGCCAGACCGCAUAUCAGUGCUUUUGUGCCUUAAAAAUUAAGAAAAACUGUCUACCUCUGUGUGCUACAAGAUGGUCUUCAACUUCUGUUGUACCUCGAAUUACUACCCACUAUACCAUUUAUCCCCGGGAAGAGGAUAAGCGAUGGGAAGGAGUGAACAUGGAGAGGUUUGCAGAGGAAGCAGAUAUAGUAAUAGUUGGUGCAGGCCCUGCAGGGCUCUCUGCAGCUAUUCGUCUGAAGCAGUUGGCUUCUAAACAUGAAACGGACAUCCGUGUGUGUCUAGUAGAGAAAGCUGCGCAGAUAGGAGCUCAUACCCUCUCUGGUGCUUGCCUUGAUCCUCGUGCUUUUGAAGAACUGUUUCCAGACUGGAAGGAGAAGGGGGCUCCACUUAAUACUCCUGUAACAGAAGACAGAUUUGGAAUUUUAACAGAGAAAUAUAGAAUCCCAGUGCCAAUUAUUCCAGGUCUUCCAAUGAAUAAUCAUGGCAAUUACAUUGUACGCUUGGGACAUUUAGUGAGUUGGAUGGGAGAACAAGCUGAAGCCCUUGGUGUUGAAGUCUACCCUGGUUAUGCUGCUGCUGAGGUCCUUUUUCAUGAAGAUGGUAGUGUGAAAGGGAUUGCUACUAAUGAUGUCGGGAUACAAAAGGAUGGUGCACCAAAGACAACAUUUGAAAGAGGACUAGAACUGCAUGCUAAAGUUACAAUUUUUGCAGAGGGCUGCCAUGGACAUCUAGCUAAGCAACUAUAUAAGAAGUUUGAUUUGAGAGCCAAUUGUGAUCCCCAAACCUAUGGAAUUGGACUGAAGGAGUUAUGGAUUAUUGAUGAAAAGAAGUGGAAACCUGGGAGAGUAGAUCACACUGUUGGCUGGCCCUUGGACAGACAUACUUAUGGAGGAUCUUUCCUCUACCAUUUAAAUGAAGGUGAACCUCUUGUAGCUCUUGGCUUUGUGGUUGGUCUAGACUAUCAAAAUCCAUACCUGAGCCCAUUUAGAGAGUUCCAAAGAUGGAAACACCAUCCCAGUGUUCAGCCAACAUUAGAAGGUGGAAAAAGGAUUGCAUAUGGAGCCAGAGCUCUCAAUGAAGGUGGCUUUCAGUCUAUACCAAAACUCACCUUUCCUGGUGGCUUACUAAUUGGUUGUAGCCCUGGUUUCAUGAAUGUACCCAAGAUCAAAGGUACCCACACAGCAAUGAAAAGUGGAAUGUUGGCAGCAGAAUCUAUUUUUAAUCAACUAACAAGUGAAAAUCUCCAAUCAAAGACAAUAGGACUCCAUGUAACUGAGUAUGAGGACAAAUUGAAGAAAUCAUGGGUGUGGAAAGAACUAUAUGCUGUUAGAAAUAUAAGACCUUCCUGCCAUGGAAUACUGGGUCUGUAUGGAGGGAUGAUUUACACUGGCAUAUUUUACUGGAUAUUCAGAGGAAUGGAGCCAUGGACCCUAAAACACAAAGGUUUUGACUCUGAUAAGCUAAAGCCAGCCAAGGACUGCACACCUAUUGAGUAUCCAAAACCCGAUGGACAGAUCAGUUUUGACCUCUUAUCAUCUGUAGCUCUGAGUGGUACUAAUCAUGAACAUGACCAGCCAGCACAUUUAACCCUAAAGGAUGACAGUAUACCUGUAAAUAGAAAUCUGUUGCUAUAUGAUGGGCCUGAGCAAAGAUUCUGCCCUGCAGGAGUUUAUGAAUUUGUGCCUUUGGAACAGGGUGAUGGAUUUCGGUUACAGAUAAAUGCUCAGAACUGUGUGCAUUGUAAGACAUGUGAUAUUAAAGAUCCAAGUCAGAAUAUUAACUGGGUAGUACCCGAAGGUGGUGGAGGACCUGCUUACAAUGGAAUGUAAACUGCAACUGAUGUUAUUUGCAGAACAUUUAUAGGCAGUUUCUUCAAAAAUAAUGGGAAGCUAAUGUUAAAAAUGUUUUAAAGGCUUUAAUAAGUGUUAAAGUAUCUUACAGCAUAUUUUUAUCAGAAUGUUUGGAAAUUUUUAUACCAUACCUAAAACUGUCCCAUAAAAAAAUUUAUGAUUAUUUCUCUUAAAUAAAACUUUCUGAAUGAUGUAGCAUCUACUUACCUCAUCAGGUUCUGUCUGAGAUUAGUGGUAGCAACAGUGAAAUGUAAAAUUGACUUUUUAUGUACAUUUGACUUGCCAAAUUCAAGUCUUUAAGCGUAAAAAUAAAUUACAUAUUCCAAAC